AUGUCACUUGCUUCCAGACUAUUAAAAUUAGGUGUACUAAUCUGGAAUUGCGAAUCUAUUCCUUGUUUUCAGGAUGGAGGAUUUGAUUUAGAUAUGACAUACAUCACAGAAAAUAUAAUUGCGAUGGGCUUCCCUGCUGGUGAUAUGAGCUCUGGUUUCUUUGGAUAUGUUGAAGGAUUCUACCGCAAUCACAUGGAAGAAGUAAUCAAGUUCUUUGAAACUCAUCACAAGGAUAAAUACAAAGUGUACAAUCUAUGUUCUGAGAGGUUGUAUGAUGCAUCAUUAUUGGAGGGAAAGGUGGCCAGUUUCCCAUUUGAUGACCAUAACUGCCCUCCCAUACAACUCAUAAUAUCAUUUUGUCAUAGUGCAUACUCUUGGUUGAAGGAGGAUAUCGAGAAUGUUGUUGUUGUGCACUGUAAGGCUGGAAUGGCCAGGACAGGGUUGAUGAUUUCUAGUCUUCUAUUAUAUUUGAAGUUCUUUCCCACAGCUGAGGAGUCUAUUGACUACUACAACCAGAAAAGGUGUUUCGAUGGAAAAGGGCUUGUUCUUCCGAGUCAGAUUAGAUACGUCAAAUAUUUCGAACGUGUUUUAACUUACUUCAAUGGAGAAAACCAGCCUGGACGCAGGUGCAUGCUUAGAGGAUUUCGGCUCCACAGGUGCCCAUAUUGGAUUAGGCCUCAUAUUACGGUCUCCGAUCAUAAUGGUAUUCUCUUUUCUACAAAAAAGCAUCCAAGAACCAAGGAUCUGUCGCCUGAAGACUUUUGGUUCACUGCACCAAAGAAAGGGAUCAUGGUCUUUGCUCUGCCUGGGGAGCCAGGUCUGACAGAGUUGGCUGGGGAUUUCAAAGUUCAUUUUCAUGAUCGCCAAGGAGACUUUUAUUGUUGGUUAAACACUACAAUGAUCGAGAACAGAAAAGUUCUAAACACAAAUGAUCUUGAUGGGUUUGACAAGAGGAAACUACCAUCCCCAGGAUUUCUAGUGGAGGUGGUGCUUGUGGACUAUGACAGUGCUGUUACGACAAGGCCUUCAGCUGAAAAUGCCAUUACUAAAGCAAUUGAAAGUUCAAAUUCCAUUCCCAUCUCAGGAACCAGUCCUGCCUCAGUUAACGCUGAUGCUAUAAAUUCAAAUAAAAACUCGGGAAGCAGUGAAAAGGAUGAUGUGUUCUCAGAUAGUGAGGCCGAGGAAACAAGCUCUUCAAAAAGCAAACAAACUAAAGAAGCUUCCAAAGGUGAUGGAACUGUCAGUAAAACAGCCUUCAAGUCUGAGUCUCAGAUCAAUACAACCUCUGAUCAGAUUGCAAGUUUGACACGGGAGACUGAGCAAGUCUCUCUGGGGAGCAUAGGCUCUACGCAUAUUGAUACUACUCCUGACCCGAAAAAGACUGCCAUUGGGGGAUCGGUGUCAGGCCAUGAGGUCCCCAUGCCGGUAGGGGAGGUAAGUGACUUCAAGGCAAUGGCCGCUGAUGCAUCUGUGUUUACAUUUGGAGAUGACGAGGACUAUGAAAGCGAGUGA